AUGCGUGCGAAGCCCUCCGGCGCUUCCCUCGACUCCUUGGCAGGCCCGCCUGGAGUCGAUGUCAUCAUCAACUCCGUUGACGCCUAUCGGAUUCGUCUUGCUGUCUCAGGCACCUCCUGCGAUAAAUACCCAGGUACGUCUCACCUCCUUUUCGCCCAGGUUCAGGGGCAUUCCGCAAGGUCAACCAACUAUCGCGACUCCUUUGGCGCCCUCCAGCAAUCCGCCUUUCCUGCCAAACAACAUGCCCGCAAAGUUGCCCGCAAACUCGGAAUUUCCCACGGCUUGAUAUUUCUCGCCGGUCAGCCCACAAUCAACUGGCGCGACUCGGACCAAUCACGCCCGUUCCGACAACGUCGAUAUUUCUACUACCUUAGUGGCGUGGAUGAGCCUGACUGCACUCUCACGUACGAUGUUGGAUUUGAUACCUUGACCCUGUAUGUGCCGGAUUUCGACCUUCAUCAAGCGAUCUGGAUGGGCCCAACUUUAUCGCGUGAGGAUGCGCAGGAUCGCUAUGAUGUCGAUCGAGUUCUAUAUCAGUCAUCUCUCAGGGCAGAGUUAGAAUCAUGGUUGAUCGAACGGGUCCAGAACAGCUUGCUUUACAUGGUACAUGAAUCGGAGACUCCCACAGGGUUGCCUGCAGAGCUCCCGCUAGACACUAAGCAGCUUAUGCCAGCUAUGGAUGCCGCGCGGGGUGUCAAGGAUGAACAUGAAAUUCGCAUGAUCCGCCAGGCUAAUAAAGUCUCUGGGCUUGCGCACCGGAAAAUUCUGGAGAGUAUUACCGAGAUGUCUAAUGAGUCCCAGAUUGAAGGCCUAUUCCUUGAUACUUGCAUCUCACACGGAGCUCGGAAUCAGGCAUAUCAGAUUAUCGCGGCGUCGGGGCCGAACGCGGCGGUUCUACAUUACGCCCGAAAUAAUGAAUCUCUCAGUAAAAAGCCUCUUGUCUGUCUGGAUGCUGGCGCAGAGUGGAACUGCUAUGCCAGCGACGUGACACGAACAUUCCCUCUAUCUAGUCAGUGGCCCAGCAAAUACACUGCGGACAUCUAUCAUCUAGUUGAGCUUAUGCAAGAGGAGUGUAUUAAAAGAAUUCGACGGGGCACUCGCUUCUUAUCUCUGCAUGAUUUGGCUCACGAUAUCGCCAUUGAUGGGCUCCUCGCCUUGGGGGUUUUGAAAGGCGGCUCCCAUUCUGAGAUUCGUGCAUCGGAAUCCUCCAUCAUGGCGCUGCAUCCCGACUUUGAUCACGACCAAUACGGGGCCGUUCUAAAUCCUGCGGUGUGUCUUGCACCCUGCACAAUGUCUGCUCCAUUGUUGGAGGAAGGUAUGGUCGUGACCGUGGAGCCGGGCCUCUACUUUUCAUCUCUGGCUCUCGCGAAUGCUCGCAAGCAACCACUCGCUCGAUACAUUGACUUUGAUGUUGCUGAGAAGUAUGUCCAUAUCGGUGGUGUGCGCAUCGAAGAUGAUAUUUUGGUAACCGCGAAUGGCUAUGAAAACCUCACAACUGCUCCCAAGGGAGAAGAAAUGCUUGCCAUAAUUCAAGCUUCCAUGCAAAGGGUAGAUAUUCAGGGUCAAUAG